AUACUAGGAAUGCACAUGCGCAGAGAGGUAGUGUGUCGGGGUAUUCGUGCAUUCACGGAAAAGUAACCGAUGAAUGCUUGUAAACAAGACGGUAUGAGACAGCAAGGCAAUUAUCGGAGCUGUUGAGUUCUUGGAGCGUUGAACGUGGUUCACUCCCGGGAUUCGUUAUGAACCUGGCUACUCAGAAUGUUGAGGCUGGAGCCUCGCAGCUCUUAUUUGCGAACUUCAACCAGGACAACACGUCACUGGCUGUUGGCAGUAAAUCUGGGUUCAAGUUUUUCUCCCUCUCAUCUGUGGACAAACUUGAGCAGAUAUAUGAAUGCACUGACACAGAGGAUAUCUGUAUAGUGGAACGACUCUUCUCCAGCAGCUUAGUUGCAAUUGUCAGCCUCAAAGCUCCUCGCAAGCUAAAAGUUUGUCAUUUUAAGAAAGGGACUGAAAUAUGCAACUACAGCUAUUCGAACACAAUUUUGGCUGUGAAACUGAACCGCCAGAGGCUUAUUGUAUGCCUGGAAGAAUCACUCUACAUACACAACAUAAGGGAUAUGAAAGUUCUGCACACAAUCAGAGAAACUCCACCUAACCCAUCAGGUCUGUGUGCCUUGUCUAUUAAUGGUGAUAAUUGCUACCUUGCAUAUCCUGGAAGUACGUCUAUUGGAGAAGUUCAGGUCUUUGACACUGUUAAUCUGAGAGCUGCUAACAUGAUCCCUGCCCAUGACAGCCCUCUUGCAGCUUUGGCUUUUGAUGCAAGUGGCACAAAGCUCGCUACAGCAUCAGAAAAGGGUACAGUGAUCCGUGUAUUUUCCAUUCCAGAGGGACAGAAAAUAUUUGAGUUUCGGAGGGGUGUUAAACGGUGUGUGAACAUUUGCUCUCUGGCAUUCAGCUUAGAUGGUCUAUUUCUUUCUGCAUCCAGUAACACAGAAACUGUCCACAUCUUCAAGCUGGAGACUGUUAAGGAGAAACCUCCUGAAGAACCAAGUACUUGGACUGGCUAUUUUGGAAAGGUAAUAAUGGCUUCCACCAGCUAUUUGCCUUCACAAGUAACUGAAAUGUUCAACCAGGGAAGGGCGUUUGCUACUGUUCGACUACCCUUCUGCGGACACAAAAAUAUCUGUGCAUUGGCAUUGAUUCAAAAGAUACCGCGCUUGUUAGUUGCAGCAGCUGAUGGGUAUCUUUACAUCUAUAACCUGGACCCGCAGGAAGGUGGCGAAUGCACUUUAAUGAAGCAACACAAAUUGGAUGGAAGCUUGGAGCCUGGCAAUGAAAUCCUUGAGUCUGCAUCGCAUGAUAGGCCCCUAGUGACGCAAGUGUAUAAUGCAUCAUCUCCAACACGACAUGCUUAUCCUGAAGACAUGGGAGCUGCGGGAGGCUCCAGCUUGGAAAAUGAAACCUGUGCACUACGGCUAGAUGAAGACAGCGAGAAUCCACCUAUGAUCCUAAGGACAGAGUGAGCACCUACCGGAAGACUUCUAACUACAGUCUGACUUAUAAAGGAAUUCCUAGAGCUUGUCUGUAUGAACUUGAAAAAAAUUUGGAGAGGAUUUAGAGACUAUGUACAAUAUAUAUUGACUAGUGUAGUCACUAUGUUUGAGGUAAUUGUAUGUAUGUGUAUAUACAGAUAUGCGCACUCACACAAGUAUGUCAGGUGUGCAUACAUUUUCUCUUCCGUGGCUUUUAAAUUUUAAACAUUUUAACUAUAGCCUUUUGUUUUUGUCAAAUUGUGCUUUGAACUCCCACCUUGCAUGUGCCAAGCAAGCCUAGGAAAAGUAGAUGCUGGUAAUCUAACCUGAUUUUGGAUUAUUUUUCUUAUACUUUUGUGAUAAAAAUCACAUCUGGGUGCAAACUAUCUUAAAAAAAAAACCACAAAAAUAGUGUAUGUAUAAUUAUAUAUACAUACACAAACAUACUUCUAUUUAAUUUAUACAUGUAUUUUUUUGUUAAAAGUUAAUAAUGCAUCAGGGCAAGUAGAAGGUUUUUUGGUUCCUUCACUGUAAUGCUUCAACUUCAAUUAUUUCCUUUUCUGCUGGACCAUUUAGCUAAAUAAAAAUUAUUCUAACUGUGA